AAUCUAUCUUUGAACAGACGCGAACCAAUCACGUCACCCUUCCAUGUUAGGGAGGAAGUAAUAACACUUGGCUAAUGUUAGCCAAUACGCCGCCGGGUAUUCCCAUACUAUACAAGGAGCGUUAUCAUGAAGACCAACAAGUCAUAUAAGCUUGUGCUGCACAAGAAAGGUUUUGCUGGAAGUGAUGAUGAGUUGGUUGUCAACCCAAAAGUUUUCCCUCUAGUCAGUCUUGGGGAUAUACUUGAGAUUGCACACCCCACAGAUGAAUACAGUCCUCUCCUGCUGCAAGUGAAGAGCCUUAAAGAGGAUUUACAGAAAGAGACAAUCAGUGUGGACCAGACUGUAGCACAAGCCUUUAAACUCCGUGCAUACCAGGAUGUCAUUGUUAACAUUGUCGACCCAAAGGAUGUAACACUCGACUUGGUGGAGCUGACUUUCAAGGACCAGUACAUUGGCAGAGGAGAUAUGUGGAGACUAAAGAAGAGCCUGGUCACCACAUGUGCUUAUGUGACACAGAAAGUGGAGUUUGCAGGAAUCAGAGCCCAGGCCAGUGAACUCUGGGUAAAAGGAGAGAAAGUGACCUGUGGUUACAUCAGUGAAGACACCAGGGUGGUGUUCAGAUCCACAUCUGCAAUGGUGUACAUCUUCAUCCAAAUGAGCUGUGAGAUGUGGGACUUUGACAUCUAUGGUGAUCUCUACUUUGAAAAGGCUGUAAAUGGUUUCCUGUCUGACCUUUUUGCCAAGUGGAAGGAGAAGAACUGUAGUCAUGAGGUGACAGUCGUUCUUUUCUCACGUACACUCUACAAUGCUAAAAGUAUAGAUGAAUUUCCAGAGAUCUUGAGAUGCUCGAUCAGGCAGGAUCAUGAGGGACGCUUUUAUGAAGACUUCUAUAGGGUUGUGGCUCAGAAUGAGAGGCGGGAUGAGUGGACAUCUUUACUGGUCACUAUUAAGAAGCUUUUCAUCCAGUAUUCUGUCCUGGUGCGACUGAAAGAAGCAGAUGGUUUUCCUGUGGGUUAUAACUCAACUGCUGCUCAGGGAAACUACCUGGAGGCCAUUAACUUGUCCUUCAACGUAUUUGACAAGCACUACAUCAACCGAAACUUUGACCGCACCGGACAAAUGUCAGUUGUUAUUACACCUGGGGUAGGAGUGUUUGAAGUGGACCGUCUACUGAUGAUUCUCACCAAACAGAGAAUGAUUGACAACGGUAUUGGGGUAGACUUGGUGUGUAUGGGGGAACAGCCUUUGCACGCAGUACCAUUGUUCAAGCUGCACAAUAGGUUGACCUCUGGAGACUCUUGUGUGGGAGAUGACUAUAAUCUGCCCCACUGGAUCAACCACAGCUUCUACACCUCCAAAAGUCUGAACUCUUGUAGCUCCUUCACCCCUCGAAUCAAACUGGCUGGUCACAAGAUUCAUGCUGAAAAAUUCAAGAGCAGCAAAGACCACACACUCUGUGCUCCAAAGGACUCUGAUAACAGCCUGCCUAUACAGGUGGAUUAUGAUGCCUAUGACGCUCAGGUGUUCAGACUUCCUGCUCCUUCGAGAAUUCAGAGAAGCACCAACUUCAGUGACAAUGUGUCUUUCAGGAUGGGUCGAGACAAAGAGAUGAGUGGGAGGAAGAGCUGGGGCUCUGUGGACGUCAGUGCAGGCAUAGGGGCGUCCCCUCCCAUACGCUCUGGGGGUCCUGAGGAAAAGCGUAGCCUGGCCUCUGAUGAUAGUCUAGGCCCAGUGUCCACAAUGCUGCUGAUACCUCGCAUGCCUCCAGCACAAUAUGAAGUCAGCAGUUCUCUUGGAUACACAAGCACCAGGGAGUUGUUGGAGAAGAUGAUGGACUCUCAGCGAGACUCCAGUGCCCCGGGCAGGUUCACAGUGGGAAGUGCGGAGUCGACGCUGCACAUCCGUCCAGGAGGUUACACCCCACAAAGGGCUCUGAUAAACCCCUUCACACCAUCCAGGAUGCCCAUGAGGCUCACCUCUAACCGCCGGCGCUGGAUGCACACAUUCCCUGUCGGUCCUUCUGGAGAGGCCAUCCAGAUCCAUCACCAGACCAGACAAAACAUGGCUGAGCUGCAGGGCAGCCAGCAGAGAGAUCCUGCCCACACCUCCGCCGAGCUGCUGGAGCUGGCAUAUCACGAGGCCACUGGAAGGCAAACAACAUCUAGACAAGCAGGAGAGGGCCUUUACAUUGGUGGAGGGAUGGAUGAGAUCACUGGAAGCCCAGGGAGCAAUAACAGUGGAACUUUAUCUAACCAUGGCUCCUACUUUGAAGACUUUUCCCUCCUCAGUGCCGAUCCAAGCCUGCUGCUGUCUGCACCCCCGACAGUGCCCAGCUUCUGCUGUACAGUGGGGGUAGACUGGAAGUCUCUGACAACACCGGCCUGCCUGCCCCUCACCACCGAUUACUUCCCCGACCGCCAGGCACUACAGAACGACUACACCGAGGGCUGCUACGACCUUCUGCCGCACAGUGACCUAGAGAGGCGGGAGGAUGAAUCGCCAGUGAUGAGUGCGUCUCAGGUAUUUGAGGAGUUUAUCUGUCAGAGGUUGAUGCAGGGCUACCAGAUCAUUGUCCAGCCCAAUAACAGAAAGCCCCAGCCUGCUGUAGCCACGCCUCUUGGCAGCAGCCCUCUUUACUCUAGAGGGCUGGUGUCUCUGCGUCGGGCGGAGGAGGAGGAGACAGUGUACUGGCUCAGUAUGGGCCGGACCUUUCAUAAAGUCUGUCUCAAAGACAAAAUAAUCACUGUUACUCGCUACCUGCCAAAGUACCCAUACGAGUCAGCUCAGAUCCAGUACAGUUACAGCCUGUGUCCUCCACACUCUGAUGCUCAGUUUGUCUCCUGCUGGGUGGAGUUUGGCCACGAGAGACUGGAGGAAUACAAAUGGAACUACCUAGACCAGUACAUUUGCUCUGCUGGCUCAGAGGACUUCAGUUUGAUCGACUCACUGAAGUUCUGGAGGACUCGCUUCCUACUGCUGCCAGCUGGAGGUGCACGCCGAGUGGCAGAUGGGGAGGGCCACUGGGAUAUUUAUGGGGAGGGAGCAAGUGCUAGGGUUGGUGGUAGCGGGGACUGGCUAUUGCUGGAUGGUUUUGUCCGCUUCCUAGAGGGUCUCAAUCGCAUUCGCCGACGCCACCGCUCUGACAGGAUAAUCAGGCCAAAAGGCACACCAAUGAAAGGACUGCAAAUUACGAGUCCUCUCCCUCUAUAUCCUCCUGAGCCUGUUGUCCCACAAGGCAAGAAAGGCACAUCGGCUUUGUCGGCCCUGCUGGAGAUGGAUCAGAAUCAGAAGACGCUGGAGGAGCAGCAGCAGCAGCAGCAGAUGAAGCCCUCAGCAGCUGUCAGUGACCCCACCACUGCUGCGACAGCUCCCACACAUAUAGACAGUCCCCGCAAGGACGCUGCCUUUAUUUUGGAUUUUAUACGUAGCCCACGUUCCUCCUACAUCUAUCACUCUCAGUUGCCUGCUGAAGUUAACGAGGUUGCUGACAAAGUAGUCCAGCUUGGAGUGACAGGUGGAGCAACACAGCCGGCAGGAGAGACUGCAGCCAGCAGCAGCAUAGAUACCAGUGGCCAGUCUGCAACGGGAGUUGUCUCUCUGUCCUCCUCCUCACCUCCCUUGGAGAUCCUGGAAGGAAUCAAACAUCCCACGACAGGUGUACAGCUUCUCCCAGAGCAGAAAGGUCUCCCACUCAACUGCUUUAUCAGCGCUGAGGUUGUUCAUUGGCUGGUCAAUAAUGUCGAUGGAGUGGAUACACAGGCACUGGCUGUGGAUAAGAUGCAGAAAAUGCUGGAUGAAGGUUUGGUGACCCAUGCUUCUGGAGAAGCAAUGCGCACCUUCGUCUACGGUUUCUACUUCUACAGGAUUGUUGGAGAGAAGGAUGGGCCAAUCUCCCAGCUCUCCCCCACAGCACCUGGAGUUUGGUCCACUGCAGCCCUGGAGGACUUCGCCCUGUUCCAGAGAAAGUGGUUCGAAGUGGCUUUUGUAUCAGAGGAGCAGCAACCCUGCGACCUCCCGACUUUCCUCCUGCCCUGGUUGCCCAGCCGGCAAGCCUCCUACGCAAGUAGGCACAGCUCCUUCAGCCGCAGCUUUGGAGGACGCAGCCAGGCCGCUGCACUGCUAGCUGCUACAGUCCCGGAACAGAAGACAGUCACGCUGGAUGUGGAUGUUAACAACCGCAGCGACCGUACUGAAUGGUGCAGCUGUUAUUACCAUGGAAACUUCUCUCUCACAGCUGCCUUUGAGAUCAAACUACACUGGAUGGCUGUCACUGCUGCAGUGCUCUUUGAGAUGGUUCAAGGGUGGCAUAGGAAAGCAGCCUCGUGCGGCUUCCUGUUGGUUCCAGUGCUGGAGGUUCCUUUCGCUCUGACAUCCUACCUGUAUGGAGACCCACUGAGAGCCCAGCUCUUCAUCCCUCUCAACAUCCAGUGUCUGCUGAAGAACGGAAGUGACAAGCUAUUUGAAGGUAUAGAAGCAAUUAGAUUGAAUGCUAUGUGUGUGAUAGUAGAUUAUUAUCUGUGUGUUGUCACAUCUUUAACAGGUUUUGAACCAGAGACAUACUGGGAAAGGAUGCAGCUCUUCCAGGAGGCCAUACUGUACAGAUUUGGCUUCGUGCACGACAAGUUUUCUGCUUCUGCUUUUAAUUUCCCCUCUGAGAACAAACCCCAGUACAUUCACGUUACAGGGACCUUGUUCCUACAGCUCCCAUACUCCAAGAGGAAGUACUCGAGUGGACAGCAGCGCCGCCGCCGGAACUCCACCACCUCCAACAGCCACGGCCCGUUCGGCAGCGAGGAGCAGGUCGGUUACUACUGGGCCUACAACACCAUGCUGACCAAAGCCUGGAGGACAGGUCUGCUGGGUGACGAGAGGCUGUCUGACCGCCUGCUCAGGGACUUCACUGACUUCUGCAGCAACAAGGACAGUAGACUGCUCAACUUCUGGGACAGCUGCCAGGACAAAAUGAACACUAGCGCUCCCUAAUAGGACGAGAGAUGGCUGGAGGAAAAAAUUAUGUAGAGGACAAUAAAAGGACUGUGAUAGAUUGAAAGAACAAUUUUAUGACUAAUACACACUGAAAAAAGCAACAAGAAGGAAUUAAAACACUUGGCUGAUGACUGUUUAAGUGGAGAAGAAUAUUAUUCUAAUGUAUUGUUGCUGCUGUUUGAUAUAUAUAUAUAUAAAUAUGAGUCAAAACUGACAAAAUGCUGUAAAUCCAACGAUUGAGCAAUAUAACAGAAUCCAUUAUAGGAUAAUCUUGUUAUAUAAAUAUGCAAAAUAGAUUUUAAAAUAAAAGCUAUAUUUAAAGCUUUAUACUUAGCCUCAUCUCAAACACCCCCGAGGGUGGCGUCAAGUGCGCUGUUUACCGAUCAGCGUCAAACAUUGUUAUUUACAGAACUGCGUCGUACAGCUAGGUACUAAUGCAACAUAUCGUUAGAAAACUAAGACUAUUCUGAUGUAACCAUUUCAAGAUCCGAUCACCACAGCCGGUACAAUCAACGUCUCAGUCAGACCGGAAGUUAAAAAAAAUACGAUCAGAAAGUUGACGCGACUCACCUAAGAAGCUUCAUGUUAAUCCACAGAUCGACAACAUUCCAACAAAAACGGUGUUGGUACAUUGCCAAAGGUCCAGACGAUCCAAUCCAGUAACAUAAUCAGUCUUAAAAAACACUAUUACAUCCAAGAAUAGCCACUGUCAGCUGUUGCAUAAUGUCAGCGCAGCCACCUCCUCCGUGUAAACUGGGACGUACACUCCCUCGUAAUUUCUGUUUUUAUAUAAGCAAAGAUCUCAAAAGGGUGGGUAGCCAUAUCCUAUUGGUUCAAGUGAGCUGUCAAUCUAAACUUGACCCAAUCGGGGCUGGCAUGAGCUGGCAUGGGCUGUCCACAGCCUGCAUUAGCAAACGAGUCACCUUGUUUUUGGAAAGAGCCUGCCCCUCUUCUGACGUGUAAAGGCUGAGCCAAUUGCAACAGAUUGUUCUGAUGACUGGCGUAAUGUUUAACCAAUGAAAUUUCCCAAAUUAUGAUACGCUGUUUGACGGGGGACUUGAGGCCGAAUUAUAGUCGGGUUGCACGCACGCACGCACGCAAGACACGCAACACGACCCUUUCGUGCCCUCUGCGGGCUUGCGUGCGUCCGCCAAUUUUUCUAACUACACGACAAAGCGACGCGAGCCUCACGCAGCCCGCAAGGCUUGUGAUUGGUCUGCGUUCUACAUCCCGUCCGGAGUCUAGUUUCCGGUUUCAUGCCCCACAAUACGCGGAAAUCACAGAAGAUUUAGAAGAACGAAUAUGGACCAAAUAGAAGAGCACUUGGCAGAAGAGAUCCGAAAGUAUGACCACUUGUAUAACCCGUCAGUGACUGGCCGAUUUGUCCGCCAGAAAUAGGCUAUGAGGAGCCGGAGUGGCGAUGUAAAUAAACAGUCGACGAAGAAGAAGAAGUCUCUUCUUUGUGUGUUUUGUCUUUGAAAAAAAACGUUACUCCGCCUAGGGUUCUGGCGGUGAAUUGCGUUGCAACACGCGCAGCACGUUAGAGAAGUAUAAACCAAAACGAGUCCGUCGAUGCAGCUGCGUGGCCUUCCGUGGUUGCAGUCGCAGGACUAUAAUUCAGCCUUCAGAGCAAGUCACUGCGUAACACCGGGUUCACACCGGACACGGAAGCGACGGGCAGCGCUAAUUAUAUCACCCGUUGAUCCAGUAGUAUAAAAGCAUAUGCUUACUUGUUGCUCCAACAUUCAGCAACAGCGUCCCAACAUUUGUAUUUUUUUGUGUUGUCUUUAUACAACAUGUUCCGAGAAUCAUACAACUCACUGUACUUCUCCACUUCAAUUCUUAAUUUAAUGUCAUCCAUAUUGAAGAACUCUCUCUCUUUAUCUUUAUGACUGCUUGUGUGGCUGUCGUGGAUGGGCAGAGGGGGACAUUUAAUAAUGUGGUUGGUAAAAGUGGUAAAAUUAAAACUCCUGGACAACAGAAGGUGAAUACAAAGUAUGGGAUGCAUAUUUGAUAAUUUAUAUCAUUUAAAAAUUUUCAUCAAUAUCGUUUAAAAUCAUUUUUCAGUGUGUUUCAUGUUGCGAUACGCCCGCGUCAAGCGGAAAAAAUAGACUCGACGCCGAAAAGGUCGCUUCACGGCGUUAUGCAGCAUUGACGCGGUGCUUCAGCGCCCGGUGUGACCCGCACAAUGGUUUAACAUGGGAAUGGGAGCCAGCUGUUAUUUAAGGCUUGGCGCUGCGCCUAGCCACACUUUGGCAUCGCUUCCGUGUCCGGUGUGAACCCGGCGUAACAGUGUCCAGCUGGUGCCAGAGCUUCGUGCAUCAGUGUUUCAUCCCCGUCGUGACUGCUACAUGUUGCUAAAAUAUAGGAAAGAUGUUUAUUUGUAUAAAUUUUAAACCAUAUGACCGGUUUUGUCUCCUUUAUAUAAAAGUAUGAUUUUGAGUGUAAAAUUACCCUUUUUAGCCUGGUUGGUUACCAUGGUUACAAAGGGUCCUUUGGAGUCUCCAAAUGGCCUUUGUGGAAAACGCCUAGACAUGCGCUUAGGAAAAAAUCUGUCAAAUAUACAUUUUCUGUGGUAUUGUUAUCAAAUUUGAACUUGGGCUAGUCAAGGCUUCAUGCUAGGGUCCCAUUGUGUUUUCCAGCUCAUAAGUCCCAGCUAGAGUCAUCUGCAGGCAUCUGUUUAUUAAAAAAUAUAUUCAGACGGAAAUAAAAACCUUCUACUUCA